GAGAAAGUAAUUCGUUUUCUCGCAUCAGAUAGGAAAGUCCUUUGAAUCGUGUUUCGGUUUCCCGCGCUUUUUCAUUCGACGUAAUCACGUGAUUUUUAAUUCGCCGGCAUAUUUUUAUUAUUUUUUUACUAUUAAUUUCCGUAUUAGUUGCGUGUAUUUUUAGUGGAUAUUUUUUUCGUGCGGUAGGUGCGUAUUUUUUCGGGGUUUAGAAUUGUUUUGAAUUUGUGCAGUGUGCAAUUUUUCGAUGGAUUAAGGAUAAGGAGAAUAUUGUGCAACGUUAAUUAAACGCUCUUGUUCGAUGGAAACGCAGUUAUUCAUUCUUAUUCCGAAUGAUCGUGAAUACUGCUGAAGACGAACACAAAUGGGAGCAAAGUUCACUUUACUCGCGGUAUUCUUCCUCCUAUUGCAGCAGACUUGGACCUCGGACCCAAUUCCAGAUGUCAAUUUCAUUAACGAUGCGACCCCGAAUAUUUGGACCGAUUGGUCAGACUGGUCAGAAUGUUCACGAAGUUGCGAUGGUGGAAUAUCGCAUCAAAGACGAGCUUGUCGAGUAUCCCACUGCGAAGGGAACGCCUUCAGAUAUAAGAUCUGCAAUAUGCAGCCUUGUCCAGAUAAUAUUGAUUUUCGCGAAAAACAAUGUUCGAAUUUCAACGAGAUACCAUACAAAGGAGACCAGAUGACUUGGAAGGCAUAUUACCAUCCGCAAGAACCUUGCGCUCUGCACUGCGUAAAUCAGUUCAACGAUGUAGAAUUAUUAGCUGUCAAAGUACACGACGGGACACGUUGUAGGCCUGGUUCGCUGGAUAUGUGUAUCGAUGGAAAAUGCAUGCCGGUCGGAUGCGACCUCGAAAUUGGAUCUACGAAGACGGUGGAUAAUUGCGGAGUUUGCGGAGGUAAUGGAAAAACGUGCUCUUUGCCGCUCCAUCAGUGGAAUGAAAAUACCAACACGACAUGUUCGUUGAAAUGCGGCGGAGGUUACAAAAUUACGCAACCAGUUUGCCAAAACACAGCGACCGGUGAUAUCGUCGACCAACAUCUUUGCGAUAUUUCUCAAAUGCCCGAAGGAAGAUUACUCGAAUGUAAUAUAGAACCUUGCCCGCCAAAAUGGGAAGCUGGCGAAUGGUCAGUUUGUAGUCAAAGCUGUGGAAGUGGAAUAAAAACAAGAAGACUUUAUUGUGUAGAAGAACAUAAUAAAACGAAAACAAAAGUAUUCAAUCAUUUAUGCAAAGGGCACAAACCGCGAAUGCAAGAAUCAUGUAACAUGCAACCCUGUCCUCCUGAAUGGAUUACCGGACAGUGGUCCAAAUGUUCGGCAACUUGCGGUCAAGGGAUCCAAACACGUUCGGUAACAUGUAAUAAAAAUCCAGCGGACAUGAUGCAAUGCGACCCUUUGAAAAAACCUUCAACCGAACAGAAAUGUUUCGCAGAUACAUCGUGCCAAGAAGAAAAAUAUUAUUCAUUGUACGACGACGGACCUAAAUCAUCGGCGGUUUCGUAUAAAGAUACCGAGUUCCGUAUACAAGCGGAAAAGCUAAUUGGAAAACAAAACGGAUCUCCGCACGCGGUAUUCGUUGCCGAAGAAUGGGGACCGUGCAGUGUAACCUGUGGCGAGGGGUUUCGUAAACGAAAGGUGUAUUGUAAGGCGCAUCUGGAUUAUAUGAAUGUUAUGACUAAAUUUGCCGAUGACACUUGCGGUGGCGAGAAGCCAAUAGAAAUUGAACGAUGUGUCAACAAACCGUGUUCUUCGGAUACUAUCUGGGAUGCAUCUGUUCAAGACGGAUAUAGUGAAGACGUUAGAGAAGAUUCCCUAUCACCAAAAGUAGCUCCUGGGGCUUAUGGUAAAACGUACAGCUGGGUUAAGAAUGGUUUUACUCCUUGCACAGCAACUUGUCUGGGAGGAGUUCAAGAACUGAUAGUAAAUUGUAUACGAGACGACGAUAAAAAAGUCGUUUCGCCUUAUCUAUGUGAUACAAAAACACAACCAGCGGUCAUCACGCAAACCUGCAACGAUCACCCUUGUCCACCCCGAUGGAAUGUCAGCGAAUACUCGCCAUGCAAUAAAAAAUGCGGAAUGGGUAUACAAACCAGAGAAGUAAAUUGUAUUCACGAGGUAACCAUGAGUAAUACAGUCGCUGUUCCUCAUAACAUGUGCGAACAACCGCCUCCUCCUGAUCGACAACAUUGCAAUUUUGUCGACUGCGCUGUCGAAUGGUAUACCUCAAAUUGGACCAAAUGCUCAAAAGUAUGCGGUGGUGGAAUAAAAACCAGAGCUGUCGAGUGUCGCCAAAUUACUGCUCAAGAUAGAAUAGUUUCACAUCCGGAUCAUAUGUGUGAGGGACGUAAACCACAGGCCACAGCUCCUUGCAACGGCCGUCCAUGUGGUAAAAAUAAAAAACCUGGUUCUCACGUAAUUUCUAGUGUCGACAAUCAGUUCUAUAAUCAAGUUAAUGCAAAUAAACCAGUAUCUGUAAAAAUUGGCGGAAAAGCUGUCGUUUUUUUGGGAAGCACAAUGAGAAUUAAAUGUCCUACGAAAAAUUUUGCCAAAGAGCAAAUUAUUUGGGAGAAAGAUGGAAAAGAAAUUCAUAAUAAUGGUAAUUAUAGGGUAUUGAAAAAGAGAGGCAUCCUCAAGAUAGAAAUUUUAUCGUAUUCUGAUAAUGCUACAUUCACCUGCAAAGCUGGUCCAUCGUCAUCUAGUUUAAUUGUUCAUGUAAAGCCACCACCUGGUAAAUUGCCUGCUAGUUCUGAAGAAUCUGCGAAACAGAAUAAUCAGUUAGAUCCAGCCAUACCCAUGGAAAUUUCUGGUAAAGCGAAUUUCGAACUCUCCGAAGACAUCAGCCACGAAAGAUUAUCAGAAUAUGAAAAAAAUCAACGAAAGUACAUGCAAAAGAAACCAACUACUCCGAAAAUCUUACCUCCUGUUGGUGCCACAACCAACGAAAUGGUUGCUAAUCAGGGUACAAAGCACCAAAUGGUUGAUUCUUUAUUACCUUCUGGUACCUCAUCGGGGUCGCGCCUAACACCGUUUUUCUUUGGUAUUCUUAUUAACUUAAAGCGAUUUUGGUCGUUUCAGCAUAGCGCAAAUAUUAGAAGCCAAAGGAUGUUGAUGGAAGAGCCAGAAUUCGAUGAACUGAGACGUACUGUUAUUGCCGAACAAACUACGACCGAAAAUUUAAAUGGCACCGCGAUGGUUCUUGGAAAAGGUGAACGUGAUAAUGUCAAAUUUGAAUGGUUCAUAACUUCUUGGUCAAACUGUUCACCUCCUUGUGGCGGAACAGGAUUCCAGAUCAGAGCAGCUCAAUGCAUGGUUAAAGUAAACAAUAUAACCCAGAACGUAGAAAGUAAUCUUUGCGAAGACGCUGGAUUGCCAACUCCUACCACAAUUCAAAAAUGCGAUACGACCGAAUGUCCACAUUGGAUCACCAAAGAUUGGCAGGACUGCAAUUCAUCUCGGUGCUUUGCGUGGAAUACUGCCAUGCAAAAAAGAGACGUAUUUUGUCAAUUAGCCAACGGUACCUUAGUUCCUGAUGCGUUAUGCGAAUCAUCUGAAAAACCUAUUACCAAGCAAGAGUGUUACAAUGACCUUUGUAAAGGCACUUGGAAAGUCGGUGACUGGACAGAGUGUUACGCAUCUUGCGAUAAAGAAGGAGUCAAAUACAGGAUAUUGCAAUGCGUUUGGUAUGGUACGAAAAAACCUGCUGGCACUGCCUGCAGAGAUCUUCCUAGGCCAGCAGUUAUGCGAACCUGUCGUGGGAUUAGUUGCGCAGAAGUGUACUUACAGCGAACGAAUGUAAGGACCGGAGUAGAUAUUGUCAGAAUGUGAAAACUCUAAAUAUGUGUGAUCAUCGAAGAUACCAGGUCCAAUGCUGUCAUUCGUGCAAAGACGAAUAAAGCAUCGGAGUCCAGAUAGUGAAACUCGCCACAAAUGUAAACCUACCUACCUAUAUAAUGUAAUGUCAACCAUGUACCUACCUAUGAUUUUUACGUUGUUGAUAGAUUGUUUGAUAUUUUUCGUGUACUGUACAUAGCCUAUUGUUGAAAAAUUCUAUAAGCAAUACUAUUUUGUUAGUCGAUAAAUUCAUACCGUUAUUAGCGAAUACCUCGAUUGCUACAAAAUGUUUUGUUAUUUCGAAAAUUCACGAUUAUUUUUGAAAUUUUUUUAAUCGAGAAAGUUAUAAAUACUGUAAAACAUAUAGGAAUGAAUUUCGUUUUAUUCGCGAAAUAUACCUUGAUAAGUGUAGGUAAAAUAUGACUCGAAAUCGAAUAUGUAACAUCAGAAUGGAACAGCUUUUCUCAUAAGUCUUCCAGGUAUACUGCGUGGGUACUUUUGAGUGGUUGGAAAUUUAAUUUGAAAUUCGUUGUCUAUCUUGAAUGUUUCGCGUCUUAAACAAUAUUAUAUCGCCCUGUUUUGUCUAUUGUGAUAACGUUUUCGUUAACAAUAACUUUUAUUUUCAUUUUACGUGUUUAAUCGAUAUUAGUAUUUUAGAUUCGUUGAUGAUACAUUCUUAUUUGUUGAUAAUUUCUUGUAAUGUAUUUAGGUAUCCAGUUAUUUUUAUUCGUGUAUUAUUUAUACCCCUAAGCCAACCCUUUUGUUACCUAUGGUUUAAUAUUUCGGUUGUAUAUACUUAAUUAUGAUCAGUGCAUUUUGAAGACACUGAAAAAAAAGAAAGAAAAGUUAUGCUUUCAUUAUCAUUUAUAUAAUAUUGUACAGUUACAUGAUUAUUUAUUAUUUCAUCUUGCACGAUGUAAAAAUAUGCAAUCAUUUCAUUUUUUUCAAAAGCUUCAUGAUGUGAGCUUUAUUUUACAAAAAAAAAAAAGAUUUCAAGAAAUCACGGUUUUGCUAUAAUUGCCGCAUGUGUUGCUAUAUACCUAUCUCUAUCUACGUAUUUAAUUCAUUAGCUUAUUAAAAAUUUAAAUACCUGAGAAAAAAAUUCAUCGUGGAAAAUUUUUGAUUUAUACGAAUCAUUGAACUUCAGGUGCGAUAAAAUUUAAGGAAACAAUUUCCAAUUAAAAGAUGAUUUCGAUCUACGAAUUUACGUUAAUGAUAAAAAUUAUUCCUAUCUUCCUAGUUUCAUCAUAAUUGUUUUGUUGUUUGAUGGAUUUUUAUUUAUUUUUUUUGUUGAUUUAGUGUGUUAUGCACCGCUUCACAUUAUAAUGGUAUUAGGAAAGAAAAAAAUUCAAAUGACCAUUCAUAUCAUUGAUAUAUGUACAUGUUGAUUAUUGCAUAAUAAUAUAUACCUACGUGAUAACGUUAUUUUAUAAUUUAGCCACAUUGUUGUAAAUUUUUCUCGCACUUUAAGACUGAAAUUAAUUUAUUUUAAUUUGUCGUCACAAAGCAUUUUUUUAUUUGUUCGCUUUCAUAUUUUUUGGCGCUUUUGUAUUAUUUAUUAUUGAUUUAUAUUUUUAACUCCGAAUCAAAAAAAUUGCCGAGUGUUGAUGAAGUAGGACAUCUGAAUAGGAAAAAUACGUAUUGAAAUGUACGAACCAGUAUUUCUAUAAGAAAUAGUUGAAUUUCAUGUUAACUAUUUUGUACUUUUUUAUUUACCUACCUACGAAAAUCUUUCUCAAUUAGAAAUGUGUAUGAUAUACGUGUAAGCUUUUCAUUUUAUGUAGUUCAUGUUGUAAUGUCGUUGAAUAAAGUACAACUUUCCUGAUAGCAAUAAAUCACUGUCUAUGGUUUUCA